CGGUCCGAGCCGAAGGCUUUAGAUAUGUAUAUGAAUGAGCGCGUUGCCAUGGCUCGACACGGUAGGAUAGGAUAGGAUAGCACUAGAGUUCAGAGACGGGAACUUGUCUCAUCGGACUUUAUCCCCGCGACAAACAACUCCGGUAAAUAAUCGUCAGCUCGUGAGAAAAUAGUUCGUCAAGAUGGUUGGCGGCGGCGUUCAGACGGACAAUAUCGUCCAUCGCAUGGCGAUGGAAGAUACCGUCCCAUGGCAUAGGAAGAAGAAUUUGCGCUACCUGUACUUCAUGCUAUUUCCGUGUUUGAUGGGUAUCGAAAUGACCUCCGGAUUCGAUUCUCAAAUCAUCAACGCUGUCCAACUGGUUCCCGCGUGGAGUAACUAUUUCGGACACCCAACAGGUGGUUACAAGGGCAUCUUAGCCUCCGCAUUGCCGCUCGGUUCCGUUAUAGGUCUCCCUCUCAUCCCGCUCCUCAACGAUAACCUAGGCAGAAGAUGGUGCGUGUUGUUCGGUAGUGUAACGAUGAUCAUCGGGUCCUUGAUCCAGGGCUUCGCUGUAAAUGGCGCAAUGUAUAUUGUCUCUCGGUUGAUUAUUGGAUUCGGGCUUCCCUAUGCUAUUGUUGCAGGGUCCAGUUUGAUCGGAGAGCUUGCCUAUCCUAAAGAGCGUGCUAUCCUAACGUCACUCUUCAAUGCGGCCUACUUUAUUGGUGCCAUUGUCGCAUCUGCAGUGACCUAUGGAACUCAGCAAAUCCCGUCAGACUGGUCCUGGAGAGUACCAUCUCUCCUUCAGAUGUCGCCUUCCUUAUUACAGGUUGCUCUAGUCCUUUUCCUGCCUGAAAGCCCUCGAUUUCUGGUCAGCAAGGAGCGAUAUGAAGAAGCCUUCAAAGUCCUAGUUACUUAUCACGCAGAGGGUGACGAAAACUCCGAGUUUGCAAAAGCGGAAAUGGCUGAGAUUAAGACCACUAUCGCUAUUGAGAUGGAACAUUCGAAGCGCUCCUGGAUGGACAUGAUCAGCUCAGCAGGGAAUCGAAGACGUGUGCUUAUAGGCUCACUUGUAGGUGUAAUGUCUCAACUCUCCGGCAAUGUGGUCAUCUCGUACUAUUUGGGAGACAUCCUCAACCUGAUUGGCUUCACCGACACCUCCUUCCAAGCCAAGUAUAACAUCGGGAACCAAGUCUGGGGUCUAGUCUGCGCUGUGUUCACUGCACUUCUGGUGAUGAGGUUCCGCCGUCGGACAAUGUACUUGACGUCGAUCAUUGGAAUCUUGGUGAUAUAUGUGGCAUGGACCAUCUCCGCAGCGGAAGCUAUCGUAAAGGGCUCAACAGCUGCAGGGAAGCUCUGCUUGUUCUGGAUAUAUGCGUACCAGCCGGCUUACAACAUCGGUUUCAAUGCUUUGACAUAUACCUAUCUCGUUGAAAUUUUCCCUUAUGCUAUGAGAGCCCGCGGAAUCACGAUCUUCCAGUUCUUUGGGAAAGCCGCCCAGUUCUUCGGUACCAAUGUUAACCCCGUUGGUUUGGAUCCGAACACCGGCAUCGGCUGGAAGUUCCUAAUUGUAUACUGCUGCUGGAUUGCCGUUGAGGGUAUUCUUAUCUUCUUCCUUUGGCCCGAGACUUCUGGACGUACUCUGGAAGAGCUGACCUUCUUAUUCGAAGACGACGAGCGUGCCCACGCCGCGACGGAGGCCAUCGAGAAGCAAAUUCAUCACGAGGAAGUGAAUCAUCACGAAGAGGCAAUCAUAUCCGAAACAACUAGCAAAGACCAAGUUUAAACCCUUAAGGCAACUAUAGUAUAUAUAUCGCUUAACAAGUACCUAGUCUCAUGCAUCGUUCAUCAAACUAAAUCACAGUGUUGCUUGCUAUUUGCUG